AUGCGGAGAUUCGUAGUUGAAAAAUCCAGAAAUCUCAUCACCAGAACAACGAGAUCACCUUGUUCCACUUGUUCUUCACCAAAGGCUUCGUCUUUCCUCGUGUCACCCCGUCCUUCAUACCCUACAUCCUCCUCAUCAUCUAAACCUUCUAUUAAUUCUUCCUUGCGGUUUUUGGCUGCUUCUCUUUUGAACCCACCUCUUUAUUGUAAUCCUCUACUUUUUCCUUCUUUCAUGGCGUUCAAUUAUUCCACCUCUCCCCUGUCUGUUGAGACCAUCAAUCCUAAGGUCCUGAGAUGUGAGUAUGCUGUGCGUGGAGAGAUCGUCACUCUGGCUCAGGAACUGGAGCAGGACUUGAAGAAGAACCCAGGAGCUUAUCCUUUUGAUGAGAUCAUCUAUUGUAACAUUGGGAACCCUCAAUCGUUGGGCCAACAACCUAUUACUUUCUUCAGGGAGGUACUUGCUUUAUGUGAUCAUCCUUUAAUUUUGGAUAGUAGCGAGACACAAGCUUUAUUCAGUGCUGAUGCUAUAGAGCGCGCCUUCCAGAUCUUGGACCAAAUUCCAGGGAGGGCAACUGGUGCAUAUAGUCAUAGCCAAGGUAUCCGAGGAUUGCGUGAUGCCAUUGCUGCUGGUAUUGAAGCUCGUGAUGGGUAUCCUGCUAACCGCGAUGAUAUAUUUUUGACUGAUGGUGCUAGCCCUGCAGUUCACAUGAUGAUGCAAUUAUUGAUAAGGUCGGAGAAGGAUGGAAUUCUUUGUCCCAUACCUCAGUACCCUUUGUAUUCUGCUUCAAUCGCCCUCCAUGGCGGUACUCUUGUUCCUUAUUAUCUUGAUGAAGCAACAGGGUGGGGCCUGGAAAUCUCGGAGCUUAAGAAUCAGCUUGAAACUGCCAAAUCCAAGGGGAUUUCUGUUAGGGCCUUGGUUGUGAUAAAUCCCGGCAACCCAACAGGACAGGUCCUUGCCGAGGACAACCAGCGUGAAAUUGUGGAGUUCUGCAAGAAAGAAGGGCUUGUCCUUCUGGCAGACGAGGUAUACCAGGAAAACAUUUAUGUGCCCGACAAGCAGUUCCACUCAUUUAAAAAGAUUUCCCGGUCAAUGGGGUAUGGCGAGAGCGAUUUCUCCUUGGUAUCUUUCCAAUCUGUCUCAAAAGGGUACUAUGGUGAGUGUGGAAAGAGAGGUGGUUAUAUGGAAGUCACUGGUUUUAGUCCCGAAAUAAGGGAACAAAUGUACAAAGUGGCUUCUGUUAAUCUUUGUUCCAAUAUUUCUGGGCAGAUUCUUGCAAGUCUUGUGAUGAAUCCUCCAAAGGUUAAUAUCUUCUGGACUUAGUUACCUGUUCAUUUGCUUUCUUUUGAACUCCUGAAUCUUCUUAUUUGAUGGCUGUGAGAGUAGGCCUGUGACCAUGAUCCUUCUAUAAUGUUCAUAAAUAUUAUCUUGCAUAGUUUGAAUGUUAUACACAAUAUUAUCGGUUAAAUUAUCUUGGCAUAUGCAGGUGGGAGAUGAAUCAUACGAGUCGUAUAUGGCAGAGAAGGACGGAAUUCUUUCAUCCUUAGCUCGGCGUGCCAAGGUUAGUCCAACGUAAACAUAUUGAAAUCAUCCAUUGAAACUGAAAGGUGAUGGUGUCAAUUACUCAAAGCAUUAUAGAUGCUCUUGGAUUGUUGAUUCUGUAUAAAAUCAAAAUAGUUUCAUUUGCUUAGACUAAGUUUGAGAUUUUCCAUCCAUUUUGUUGGGACAGACGCUUGAAGAUGCACUCAACAAGUUAGAAGGAGUAACAUGCAACAGAGCAGAAGGAGCGAUGUAUCUUUUCCCUAAAAUAGAACUGCCGCAAAAAGCAAUAGAAGCAGCAAAAGCAGCAAAUACUGCACCUGAUGCAUUUUAUGCUCGGCACCUCCUAAAUGCUACAGGAGUUGUCGUUGUUCCUGGCUCUGGAUUCGGUCAGGUGAGUUCUUCGUAACAUGCAUGAAAAGGCUGCAAUUUCGUUGGUUGAUGCAUGCAACUCAUUUUUAAAUCCUCAGUUGCAUUUUGUGUUCGUUUAAUCAAAACUUUCAUGUUCUUAUAUUAUUGCUUAUGCUUGAUCUCUUCCAUUAUUUCUCAACUAUAUCGGCUUAAUCUAUUUUAACAUUUUGGACGACAUAUUUCUUUGUUGAAGGUACCUGGAACUUGGCAUUUUAGGUGUACAAUUUUACCCCAGGAAGACAAGAUACCAGCCAUUGUAUCUCGUCUCACAGAUUUCCAUCAGAAAUUCAUGGAUGAGUUUCGCGAUUAAGGAAGAAGCUUUUUAAGCACAUACCAUCCGAUUUCUGCAGCAGGAGACUCAAAUAAUAAAGAUGAAGUUGGAACGUCAUUGCUAGCGUGUGAAACCCUUUGCUAAACACUAUAAAAGGAGAACUAUACAUUUUGGAAAAGUGAGAAUUUUGUUAGGUUUUGCGUGCUUAGGCGUGAUGAUAUGUUUUGUCAUUGUAGCCUAGACUAAGGAAUUUAUGAUUGGAUAAUAAUGUCAAACUGGUAGAAUUCAGAAGUUUCUGAUCUUUUAUUCCUUGGUUCCCGAGUGCUGUACUUUUAGAGGUUCAGCGUUUAACCAUCAUGGAGCAACCUUGUUGCAUGACCACAAGCGCUUACAAAUAUCCAUCCUGUCAACUAGCUGCAUAUGAAAUAACCAACUGGGGAUGUUCGGCGGACUAGGCAUGAUUGUGUGUGGAUGUAGAAAUAACUGAUCGAAAAAGGGUGCCAAUCUCUGUUCCAGUAGAGAAUUUAACUUUCGAAAAGACAGUAUAAUCGUAACUGGUUUAAAGAGUUUUUAUCCCCCACUGUUUGAGCAUUCACUACAUUUGCUACUCAGGGGUAUAUCAAUAUCAAAAGAUAAUGAAAAUUCAAAAAGUUGUAAGCAGUACCAUAAUACCGACGAAAUCUUAGUUCCUUCAAGACCAUUCAUCCCAUAAAUUGAGUAGCCAAAUAAUACAAAUCAGGAUGAGCAUGUAGAUAACGUUUUACGAACAUUCCAAUAGUUUUAGGGGUAGUAAGGAAUACAACUGGUCCAAGAAAAAAGUGCACUAGAAGUUCAAUUGAAAAAAA